GAAAAGGUUCGUCCCGUGCAGCCGCUACUCUUCGACCGGAAAAUGUCUGAAGUUCGGCACAGGCUGAAUGCAAGCUCCUCCCCGACUCGAAUCAAGAUAUCCGCCACGAACGAAGUCAAGCCAGUCGCCGUCGAGGACUUCGGCCACACGCGUAACACGAAGCGGUCCAUACGUCAGACCUGGAGGGAACUCAUAGAAAAGAACACUGCUCAGAACAAGAACACCGCUGAAGCGAAUACCGCCUCCAACUGGCAUUUGGGCGAUCCUAGCUCGCAGUUCAGUACACUCGACAACUCCUCUGGUACCAAAUUCAGAGACGAUGACUACAAUACCUUCGACUCCCUCAAGCCCACGCAGGAAGCCCUCCCUCCCACGAAGGUCGCGAAAGCAAGCAAGCGCUCUAGUAUCCCAACCACUGCCGAGAUCUUACAGCCCCAGUCCCCGAAGGUUUCGACAUCCGAAGAAAUUCGAGCAAGCAUACGCAACGGACAGCGAAAGAAAGUCGCCAGGAGCCCCUCGACCAUUAUUGAACUCGACGAGAGUGGUUCGAUAAUCUCAACAAACACAGAUCUUCCUGGGACUACGGCCACAGCCGCAAAUUUUGACGAUGACAAUGACAUUCUGCCAUUGUACCCUGAUGGAGAAUCAAGUGUGUACGAGUACAGCAACUUCGAUGAGGUUGAUACAUAUCCAGAGCUGAAAAACCGGGACGACCAGCCUGUCUGGAGCUUUGUCGAUCCGAAACACUUUGAUCCUCGAGAUGACGAUGUCGCAAGCGAUGUGAUCAAUUCAGGUUCAAAAGGUGGAAGUGAUCUGGAUCUACGCAUGAUGGAAGAAUACCAACAUGGAAAGAUCCAUGUCUGUGAUGUCACUUUGGGCUGUGGUGGUUCGUGCCUCAACUGUGCCGGUCAGGACAGCUAUGCCACUGCCACCGCUCAAGGCGACCAUGAGCCUGAGAAUUCAACCGACGAUGGAGUUGCUCUCGCAUUUGCCUGCCCCUCUUCCAACGACAAGAACAGUGUGAUCGAUGACCCGGAUGCCCAAGACGAUGCCGCUGACACUGCGUCUGCACUAAGACUUGCUUUCGAAACUCUCGGUCUUGAGGAGUACAGUUCUGUGGAGCAAGAGUUCUUGGAUGGGCAAUUGACUGCACUUCUGAACCAUACACCUGGUCUCAAUGUGGCACUCGUAGAUUCCUACACGACCAUUCGCAAACAUCAAGAGAAGACUGGAAUCUGGGAGACCGUUUUCAUCGAAGAGGGACAGUCCGAAACUCUGUCAGAAUUCAACCCGCAAGAUGCAUGUGCCGACGCCGAAUCACCUCUGAAGAAAGCCUUCAUAACUCUUGAUCUGCAGGCGUACAGCUCAGUGGACUUUGAGAUCCUCAGGGAUGCUGUUAUGGAGUGCAUGCUCGAUACUCCCGAACGCGCGGAUGAUGCUGCGAAGGCUUUUACCGUUAUCGUCGAGCACCAAGACGUGUCUGGCUGUUGGGAUCUGAUCAAGAACUGGAAUGAAGAGAUGGACCAAACUCUCAUGAACCGGAAGACCGAGAAUCCAGAGAUUAGUUGGGCCAAGAUUGGAGAAGAGUUGGGUAUGCCUGGCACGGUUUGCAAACAACGUUUCUCGGAUAUCAAGCCCGAGGAUUGGAAACCGAACACAAAGACCACUCCCGCCAAGAAGAGUGCAGAUCAGGAAGUCGAGGCUCAGAUCAAAUCUGCUAAAGCUGUUCUAGAGAGUGACCCUUCUUGUGGUUGGACAGUUCCUACUCCUGAACCAGAAGUUUCAAUGUGGAGAGCUGGAGCCCCAAAUUCUGGUGAUGAAUGGGAUAGCUGGGACAACAAUAACCAUGCAUUGGAUUCUGGCGUGCAGGACUUAUUGGAUUGUGUUCCACAAGAAUUCAAUUCGAAGAACAAUAAAACCGAAAACUUCAAGCGAUAUCCAUGGUCCGUCACUGCCAACCAGAAACAGGAGGAAGCCAUGACCUACACUGUCACCUACCAUGCGAUCCUCAAGUCCGGCGACCAAGAGCUUCGUAUCCCGAUCGACAGCAAGCACGUUUCCGGUCCUGAGAAGGAUAUCGCUGACAACAACAUGAAGAAGGUGUUGAAGUGGGUGCAUGACAAGGGCCUCGACGAGAGGAUCAGUCUCCAGGAUGCUUUCGAUCUGGCUAAAGAUAUGCAGGGCGAGGGGGGCGAGAAGGAGGAGAAGAAGGACAUUGUUAACGACAAGCAUGUGAGUUCCAACAUGGCGGAGGAGACUGUAUAUCAGUGCGAUCUUUGCUGGGGGUGUGGUGAGUUGAAGCAAGUUUGCAUUUGCUGAGAAGUACGAAGAAGGCGGCAGCAUGAAUGGUGUCCUGCAACAUGAUAUUACUUAAAUUUUGGUUUUUUAAAUGUUUCGGCCGGGUACAUGGCAAGGGAAGUUUCAAGAGCGUGGGAG